GCGAGGAUGACGACAGAAACAGAACUCCCCCAGGUGUCAUCCAUGUCCACAGCCACUUUCAACUAYGACUAUUACUACGAUGACCAGUGCCAGUACCAGCCCCUGCAGCACACGUCGACCUUCCUCCCAAUCCUUUACUGCRCUGUGUUCCUCGUGGGCAUCGUUGGCAACUCAAUCCUGAUCACGGCCUUGGUGUUUAAGCGGCGGGUCCAGAGGCUGAUCGACAUCUUCAUCAUCAACCUGGCYGCUUCUGACUUCAUUUUCCUCAUCACGCUGCCGCUCUGGGUGGACAUGGAGGCGUCAGAUGAGAGCUGGAGGGUGGGAUCUUUCCUCUGUAAAGCCAGUUCCUACAUCAUCUCGGUCAACAUGUACUGCAGCAUCCUCCUCCUCACCUGCAUGAGUGCAGAUCGCUACCUGGCUAUCAUGCACCCCUCUGUGGCAAGGCAGAUCAGAACGAGAUCCUAUUCCAAAGCGCUCUGCAUCUGUGUCUGGUUAUUAUCCUGCUGCYUGGGGAUGCCAACCCUGCUGUCCAGAGAGCUGAGGAAGCAGGAUGGAAAGACUUACUGCACAGACAAAGCCAUGACAGAAUCCAAGCAGAUCAUGUCACUGAUGCUUUUAAUCGUGGCCUUCUUCCUCCCACUGUUGAGUAUUUUAACCUUUUAYUGCUCCAUCACCAAGAGACUCUGCGUGCACUAUCAGAAGGCCGGGAAACGUGAUAAGAAACUGAGAAAAUCCAUCAAGAUUGUCUUCAUUGUAGUGGCAGCUUUUGUUAUCUCCUGGGUUCCUUACAAUCUUUUCAAGCUUACAGUGAUCCUUUUGGGACUCCUAAAGCAGCCUGACUGUUUUUCUGGCACGGUUGCCCGGCUGGGCAUCAAGGUGAGCAGCCCGUUUGCCUUUGCCAAUAGCUGUGCCAACCCUUUCAUUUACUUUUGCUUUGACAGCUACAUCCGCAGAGCCAUGCUCCAGUGCCUGUGCCCACGGGUGAAAAACACCAGCAACAGCUCUGAUACCCUGGACACCCACCUGAGCCAUUCCUUAUCCAAUUUUGUGGCAGGGGAGUAUGCUGCCAGGAAGAGGACGCGCUCUGUGUCCCUCUGACUGAGACUGGGACCGCGGAGGAAGGAAUUUCUCCCUCCAAAAAAUGACAGGAAAAGAAAAAAAGAGCAACAAAGACAGGUGCAAGUGUAAUGCAGCCAGCACUUCAGGUGGGAGGGAUGCUGUUUCCUUUUAAAUGCAGGGAGCUGGAAUAGAAAACCUUAACCACAAGGCUCCUUCACAGUGAUUUCUGUGACAAAGCACGAUCUAAAUGCRAAACCAUCGUACCAAGAAACAGCUGCAAAUGUUUGUCCUGGAACCCCAGUAGAAGUGCUACAAACUACA